AUCAUGCACAGCACAGCCCAACUGCAGUGAGCCAGAUUAGCAUUCAAGUCCAUCAUCCAUGGAUGAGAGCAGUGUUUCGGUGCUGUGGUACAGGACAUCAAAACCCCUAGGGAAGGUGAGGCGAAGGGUUCAAGACCUCCGCAUCCCAUCCUCCUCUUUCAGUGACUAUAAAACCAACAGACCCGCGUUGGACCUGAGCCACAAUGAGAGCGCUCGACUGGCAGUGGACACUCUGCUCAGCGGGGGCUUAGAGGAAUACCACGAGGUGCUGACGGCGGAGGGAGAAGUGGACUUUCUAUCAGAUCAGGAGAAGAUUUACAUCCUGGAAAAUGGGACCGAUGGCAAGACAGCAGAACUUGGUGCAUCUGAUGAUGAUGAUGAUGAUGAUGAUGACACAGACUUUGAGAACUCGUCCGCUGGCUCCCAGACUGCCACACAAUGUCCCACAGUGUCCACAGACAGUGAUCCUACUGUGGCAGGUGUGAAGUGGAAUGAUCCUGUCCUGGAUGAGCCCUCCACUGUGGUUUAUUACCAGUCUGGCAGCAGAGCAGCCAGCAUGAAAGACCUGGUCAGGGAGUUCAUCAGAAAGGCUAGAAUGGCCCUGGCCAUAGUGAUGGACAGCUUCACUGACGUAGAGCUGCUGUGUGACCUUCUGGAGGCGAGCAGGAAGAGGAAUGUGUCUGUUUAUCUGCUGCUGGAUCAUCUCAACCUGAAACUGUUCGUUAGCAUGUGGCAGGACCUCAAACUCAAUGGCAAAAACUUCCCUAAACUUUCAGUAAGCAGCGUCCAAGGACAGACAUACUGUACCAAGACGGGCAGGAAGCUGACCGGUCAGAUUGCAGAGAGUUUUAUCAUCACUGACUGGACUGAGGUGCUGACUGGCUCAUACAGUUUCUCCUGGCUGUCCUGGCAGGUCCAUCGCAGUUUUGCUGUUCUUAUCAAGGGCAGCCCGGUCAUACCUUUCCAUCAGGAAUUCCUCAGGCUGUACUCCAGCUCCAAACCAGUCCCUGGCUUUGUCACUUUUAUCACUGUGCCUCACACUCUCCCUCUUUACACCACAUCAUGUGCAGCUCAAAAUGCUAACACUGAUGGCAGUGAAUCAAAAUCAAGCCCAACAACAAUGUGCCACACGACUCAGAAUGGAGAUGCUCAGAAUACUCAGACCAAAGCAAAAAUGCUGGUUUUAUCCAGUCCACAAAGUGCAGAAAUCUACCCAAGUGUGGAUAAUUCCCAGCCUCUACACAGAGCAGGCAAUGGUACACAAAUACAUGAAAAACCUCAAAUGUUGCACCCAAAACCUCCUGUUCAAGCAGAAACACUGCAGAGUGUAUCUGUGGGAAAGCCAAAGCAUACAGUGGGAGCUGUCUGCACACAGCAUGGUGCACAAACUGGUGUGAAACCUCUGGAGAAGAAUCAAAACCAGACACAGAGUCACUCAAACCCUCUCAGUCAGACUCAAGUCUCAAACGUUCAGUCUCAGCUCAAAAGCCUUACUAUCACCACUCCAGCUGAUAAGAGAAAGAGGGCUCAAGAGUCAAACCCUUUGCACACUGCUCCCCACACAAACGGACAGCACAGGAGUGUCAGCUAUCAAUCAGCUUUCAAGAAAAAUCAUGAGCACCACAAUGUAGGUACUGAAGGUAUUUUCUUUCGACAGAGGAACAGGGACAGACUCAAAGAGCCUCUGGGGAUUGCUGCAGGUCUAAACACACAAAGACGACAAUGGAACUACCUUUUUAACUUUAAACCACAGGUGGACUUUCUAUCUGAUAAACCCAAAGUCCUGCCUCCUCCCACAUCACAGCAGAAACAAGCAAAGACAGGCCUGCAGUUCCGUUUAACCCAACCAAGAGGAUGCACAUCUGGGCAACAAACUAAAUUGUCCACUUUAGGACCCAGGAGGCAGGAUCAGCCCCAGAGGAACCACCAACCUUCGCUCCCGUCACACAGAGCCACAGAGGCUCCAAGGUCAAAGUCAGCAUCAGCAGCCACAAGAGCUCAUCUUAAACUUCAGCUGCAGCCCGACUCCAAGCUGUUCUUACCAAGUACACAUCUACAGCCCCACACCUCCCAGCAGGCGAGGCCCCCUCCAAAACUAAAUUGGAUGACCCAGAGUCGUGCUGAAAGACCCAGACCUGUGACUCGCCACAACUCCUUCGACGCCACCUACGGGACGGGACAGAUGUUGGGCGGACAGGUGGGCAGGAGGCCAUUGCACAGCAGCAUGAAUACACCACUAAGAAGGAGCAAGAGCAUGAAUGACAGACACUCAACACGCCUGAAUCCAAACAUAACUAAGACCUGACAGAAGAAAUGUAAGUUUGACCUUUGGUGUUAUUUAAACUGACAAACUUGGACACAUCUAUUCACCCUCACACAGGCACACAUAUAAUCAGGUCAAUAAAACAUCUGUUCAUAUGAAACAUGCAGAAUAUUCUACUGUGUAAAGCUUCUGAAAUUUAUACUAAACUGGUAGGCACUGGCACUGGUAUUUAAACAAAAUUGUGAAAUAAGAUAAAUGAACAAAAUGUUGAUUUAAUUUUACAAAAUAAUCAAGGGUUUUGGUUUACUAAUAUGUUUUAAAAUCUGUGAGCCUUCUCUCAAAUAUAGUGGAACUAGAUGGCACUCAGCGUGUGCUCAGAGCGCCAAACAAUACAUUUAAAAAAACUCAACAGCAAUGUCUCUUUACAGAAAUAAUGACUCAGUGGCUCACGAUAAUCUACAAACUUUGUUGUGAGCAGUUUUAUGUAGGAACUAUUUUCUUCCUAUCGAACUACACCCACCAGCAAUAUCCCCAUGCAGAGAGAAGCAUGCAUCUACUCAUGGGCAAGAGGCUGGUGGUCGUGGCAGCACGAAAUGUAAACACUGAUGCCGUUCUCUUCGGCUGAGCUGUAACGUUAGCAAGCUUAGUGGUGCUAGGUGAGCUAGCAGUAGAUGCACACUUCCUUCUGCAUGGUGAUACGGUUGGCAGGUGUAGUUUGGUAGAAAGAAAAUAGUUCCUACAUGAAACUGCUCACAACAAGGUCUGUGGAUUAUCUUGAGUGACAGGUCAUGAUUUCUGGAAAGGGACGUUGUAUUUUUGUUUGUUUUUUUGGCGCUUGAGCACCACAAGCCAAGUGCCACCUAGUUCUAUUAUAUUGGAGAAAAGGCAGACAUCUCUACAGCUGAUGUCUCAACACUUGGAAACUCACACCUAAUCAAUCUAGAUUGACUAGAGAAAACAUAUGUCUUUUUGAUUUUUUUUUUGUGUGUGAACUGUCCCUUUAAAAAGAUUGUGUGUGGGCAGAAUAUUCAGGGGAUAUUCUAGUGUUCAUUUUUUUUAACGGCUCUGCACACCCACACAAGUGUUUUCAGUUAUUGACUGAUUAGAGCUGCUCAGGUUAAAGCUGGGUGAUGUCACUUCACCAUAAUGAUUAAUAUUAUAUAUCAGAUAUGACAGAACUAACAGGGAGGGAGACGUCAAUCAUGCAGCGUCUGAAGAGGUCUAAUCAGGCAGUUAAGUGAAAACAUCUGUGCAAGUGUACCUCAUGUUGGGGCUUUUAUAUCCAUGUAAAAGAAGAGAAUAAACUCUCCUCUAACCAACUGCUCUUUAUUAUUCUAUAAUUUACUUUACAGCCGAGGAAAUACUGUUUUAUUAUUCUGCUAUAAAAACUGUUAAUGCGGUGUUUCUGUUACAGUGGAAAGUUUAUUAUAGUAAAUGAAAAGGUGCCAGUCGUGAGGGAUGAUUCAGGGAACAGCUAACGUUGGAGGCAGACAGCUCCAUAACUGUGGCGAUAAAGGCAUAAAUUAUAAGUGCCAUAUAAUAACAGGCCUUUUUCAUGGCAGACAUUUGACUUGUCAUAGCAGAGGCACAGGUGGAACUAAUAA